GCUGGGCUACAAGGAGCCAACUCGGCGCGCAAGACUUGGCCUCGACGCCGAACUACGACAUCUCAUACGCUUCCACGUGGGACCAGCGGCACCGGUAAACGAGCUGCACGGAUACAGCAGAUGCGGCUACGCUCUCGUACUGAAAGGAUUAGUCUUUCCACAAUGGAAGAAGCGAGCACUAGCCGUCGUUGGAUCACGGAUCUUUCUUUAUCCUGCAUGUACGGAAUCGAAUCCGGAAUGGAUGGAUUUGACUGGUGUCUGCUCCGGUCCAUCGCGUCUUGGCAAAUAUGUUUUGCGCGUCACCGGACAGCCGGCUCGGCUUACGACUCAAGUUAAAUCCAGUGGAGACGAAGGUAUCAAAGAGGAUGAUACAUGCAAUCAAGAGCAACAGCAGCAGCAGCAGCAAAAGGGAGGCAAGGAAGCACGUCACUUAUAUCUCGGCUUUCAUCACCCUUGGGAUCGCGAACUUUGGAAAGUUUGGAUCAAACAGGCCAUCCGAUUGCCGGGCAGCUCGGACUAUCCCGACAGACUCGAUAUGAGCGAUACGGGCAUGUCGAGAUUACCCGAGGCCGUGCGUACGUACGCCAGCGGCCUACCCAACAACAACAACAAUAAUAAUAACAACAACGACGACGACGAAAAUGAUAAUAGAAACAACAACACCAACAAUAACGUAGCACUGCGAGAAUUUUUUCUCGGCAAUAAUCAGCUAACUACUUCGAAUGCCAACCUCGAGCUUUUACAAAGUUUUCCGGAGCUGCAAGAGCUUCACUUGGAGAACAAUCGACUGGACCAAGUGCCCUCGGAACUGCUGAAGCUGGAGAGCCUCGUGUACCUGGACCUGUCGGACAAUCGGAUCCAGUGCCUGCCUCAGGAAAUUCAUCGACUCGUCAACUUACAGGAGCUGAUAGCCGAUCGGAAUGUCAUCCGAGAACUACCGGCCGAAUUGGGCCGACUGGGCCAGCUGCGCGUAUUAUCGCUCGCUGGUAACCUGAUCGAAUCGCUGCCCGACUUUUUGCUCGAGAUGCGAGCACUUACUCUUACCGAUGUGCUGGCCGGGAGCAGAGAAUCGUCUGCUACUGCUGCUGCUAAUGCCGCUACUGCUGCCAAUAAAAGCAACAGUGACGAGAAGAGUAAUUUGAACAGCAGCAAGGCCAACAAUAACAACAACAACAACAACAACAGUUUGUACAAAGUCAAUCUGAGAAACAACCAAUUGAAGGGCAACAUUAUUCUCGGUAACUACGGGAAUCUGACGCAUCUCGAUCUGAGCGAGAACAGUAUCGAAAAGCUCGAUCUGAGUGCGCUUCAGGAAUUGCGAAGCGUACGAUGCGCCCGGAACGUCUUGACGGAAUUGACUCUCUGCGGACGCAGUCUCGUCUCCCUUAUCGCCGGAAAUAACAAGCUGAAAAAAUUGACCAUUGUGCCGGUGCCGACGAACCUGGAGCAUCUGGAUGUUUCAUACAACGAACUGGAUAGCCUGCCGGAAUGGACGCCAGAUUUGCCGGUGCUACGUGCCCUGUUCGCCUCGCACAAUCUUCUAACCGCUCUGCCGGAUCGCUUGCUGUCGCAGCAGGCCUCGUCGCGCUUGGAGGUGCUUCAUUUGCCGCACAAUCGGCUUCAAGCUCUGCCGCCGCCGAGGAGACAGCUCGGCCUCGUGCAUCUGACGCUCCAGGACAAUGCGCUCACGGCUUUGCCAGCCAAUUUCUUCCACAAUACCCUCAAGAUGAAAGUAUUGAACCUGUCGAACAAUCGCCUGUCCGAGCUGCCCACGGGCUACACGGAGCCAUCGACAACGACGAGGAUAGGCCGUCAUCAGGAGGCCUGCGUCGAUCGUUCCCGCAGCUGCCUGGAAAAGCUCUAUCUGACGGGCAAUCGAUUGAGCAACACGGCCCUCGAUACUCUUGCCAAAUUUCAAGCUCUCAGGGUGCUACAUUUGGCUUAUAAUUCCAUCGAUGCUCUGCCCGAGAGCUGCAUAGGCUCGUGGCACGAACUCGAGGAGCUGGUAUUAUCGGGUAACAAGUUGCAAUAUCUGCCGGAUAACGUGGCGAAUUUGGCCCACUUGAGGGUGCUGCGAGUUCAUUCCAAUCGACUUUUAAGUUGUCCUGCCUUCAACAAAACUUCUUCCCUCAAGGUACUCGAUCUGGCUCACAACCAUCUGGACCGGCUGAAUCUCGACGAUCUUCUGUCGGCGCAGUUGCAGUUCCUCGACAUAUCCUGCAACUCGCGUCUGCGCGUCGAUCCGCGCCAGUUUCAGCACUACAACAGCACGAGACGACCCCUCAGCCUCGUCGACGUGUCCGGCCAGAGCAAAUCCGGCAGCCCCGGCGCCGGCCCCAUGAGCGACGGCAACGGGCCACUGACGGCCGGCGGCGCCUCGUCGGUGGCCAGCUCCAGCACGACGCCGGUGCGAGGUCAGCACGCCCGCGAAGUCGUCCACCUGCCCUGGAGAUUGGGUUUCUCCGAGACCGCCGGCACCAGAGAGAGAUUGCUGGUGAGCCAAGUACGAAUGCCGGGAUUCUGCAACGCCGAGGGCCUCUUCGGUCUCUUCGACGGGGGCUCGAGCAGCCAAGAGGCCCCGACCUCGCUCCAAGAGAUGAUUCCGCGACUGCUGCUUCAGGAGCGCACCGUCAAGGAGACGCGUCACGAGUACCUGCGCUACACCCUGCUGGCGGCCCAGCGGGAGAUACGCACCGGUGGGGCCCGCAACGAGUCGGCCCUCCACGCCAACCAGCAGAUGCGGAUGCUCUACGGCGUCGACGCGGCCCUCGUGCAUCUGAGGCGCCUCGAGCACGACCCCGAGGCCAACGACGUCAACGGAGUCAGAUCGGCCAAGUACGUGCUGACGGCCGCGACCUGCGGCGAGGCCAAGGCGGUGCUGUGCCGAGCCUCGGGACCGCUCCAGCUGGCCAAGAGUCACGCGGCCCAAUACGUGCCACCCGGUGCCGCUGGCCGAGCCGCCGCCGCCGCUGGCGCUCCCGAGCAGAAGACGCGCUGUGGAAAUCUGCUACCGAUCGCCAUGCCCGAGCCAACGAGUCAGGAGGUAAUCAUCGAGCCCGACGACGAGUUCGUGAUAAUCGGCAAUCGUCGUCUCUGGGAAGUGCUGAGCAUCCAAGAGGCCGUGAGGGAGGCCCGCGCCGAGGCUAAUCCCGUGCUGGCGGCCAAGCGACUGCAAGAUUUGGCUCAAGCUUAUGGAGCCGAGGAUAAUCUCAGUGUACUGGUCGUAAGGCUGUCCGCUAGUCGUAAUAAUCCUCAGCAGCAGCAGCAGCCACCGCAACAGCCGCUGCACAAUCAUCGGCAAGACGAGGCGCAACAACAAAUCAAUAGGCUGCUCAUGCACGAAUACAACAAAGCGCAGCAGAGCAAAGAUGUAGCCGCUGCCAGUGGUGCUUGUACCUGUCCGUGCUGCAUGCCCAGACUGGCUGCCAAUGAAGCUUCGGCAGCUUGUUGUUGUCAUGCCGCCGCCGCGGCUGCCGCUGCAGCUGUGGCAGCUGUUGGUACAACAUCCCCUGGAAAUAACGACUCUGUGACCAGCUCCGUUAACGGCUUUUAUCUUAAUGGUGUACUGAGAAACCUCAUGAGUAACAGAUCGAGCGUGAAAUCGAGUCGUUCGAGUCAACGCCUGGCUAAAGACAACCAGCUGCGCGAGGAAAGAAGCUCGCCGAGCGGUCAGUCCGAUCAGGCCAGCGAGAUAGGCCUGUUCGAGCCUCGCUCUAGACGUCGAGCCUCGGGCAGCAGUCGUCUGGCUAGCGCUUGCAAGCUCCGACAGCAGCAACAGCAACAGCAGCAGGUGAUAAUCGAGCGAGAUUCGCCGCCCAGCGACGAGCAGCUCAGGUGCUGGGAAUACAUGCUCGAGCAGAAUACGCAGCUGCUCUUCGACAAGGAGCUCGACACACUGACGAGCGUGCCCAAGGCUAGCUCCAUCUCAUCCACGACGAAUUCUGCCACGCUGUUGCGUCGAGGUGGUCAAUCGCGCUCGACGCCUCAACUCGGCGCAACCUCGAGUGUGCCGUUUCUGUCACGGCGUUUCGGCAGCGCCCGAUCAUUCGAAACGACCUCCGGUGCAGCCUCGACGACGACGACGGCCACGAUACAUCAGCCUGUGCCGAUUCUGCGCUCGGCUUUCGGCGGCAGCGGCCGGCGCGUCCUCAACGGUGGCCCUAACGCCGCGUACUUCGGCAGUCUUCAGCGAUUGAUGCCCUACAAUCUCGAGUACGACUUUGCCGUCAUACAGGAGCGCGGUAACGCCCUGGACUCGCUCGAGCAGGACGCCAACAGGAUGCAGCAGUACUGGGGUGUGGCCACGACUGAACUAUGAGCUCACAUAAAUAUUAUAAAUUUGUUACAAAGAUAUAUCUAAGUUUUACAUUAAUUAUACAAAUUGUACAAAAUAAGAAAUUAUUCUUUCUGUUAAAAUUGAGAUGAAUGAGCAAAAAAAAACACAGAAAAAUUGACAGCCCUCGAACAUUUCGAGACAAUUUAUGACUGUUGUAUAAUACGGAGUGUAUGAAAUUUUUAUCUUUGCGUUUGAUGAAAUAAUGACAUUUUUAUGAAUAUUACCCGAACUUAAAAAGAAAAAUGCAACGAAGAAAGCAUUUUCCAAACCGACGAGUCGUUCAUAAUUUUAUAUACUUCGCACGUCUUAUUCUUCUCUCGAUAAAAUACAAACGAUAAUUUGCGAACAAUAUCUGUAAAAUACUCUUAACGAAUAAUUAUUGUAUCGACAGCUGCGAGAAACGAAAAAAAGAAGAAAGAAAGAAGAAAGUGUUUGAGGUGUUAGUAAAUACCACAUGUACAUAUGGAGCUAAUAUGAUUUGUACAAAAAAAUUUUUAUGGCAUUACCGAGUGAGAAUCAAUUACUUCGACGUUUUCAGUUAUCAAUGGCAUUGAGUCGCGUACUCUACACAAUUGUUUUAUACAUCUACGAAACUGCAGUAAAGUAUAAAUUUUAUGCUUAUAUUGUUCCAAAAUACGAAUUUGUCGACUUUUUAAGUGGCGCGAUUUCAAUUUGGUGCAGCGUUGCUUCUGCUGCUGCGGAGUUUUGCCAUUUCGCACCGAGAGAGAGAGAGAGAGACAGAGAGAGA